CAGCCAUCCGAUUAGACUUUUUGAAAUUUUUCAAUUCUCCUUCGUGUAUUGCCAAAGUUGAUCGAUCAUGUCUAAUCAAAAGGAGUCUCAUGUGAAUUGCCCCAUUUGCGGAAAAACCAUGGCCGCAGCAGAGAUCAAUGCCCAUCUCGAUGCCAACUGUCAAGCAGCCACCGGAACCGCCACCACGCGUUCGGUUCAGAGCCACUUGAAUAUGGGUGGAAAAGUAACGCCAAAUACUAAAGAGACAAAACCAGCAUCAGAGACACGGAUGGCACCGCUAUUUCAGCUGAAAUCGCCUCAAGCGACACAGCCUAAACGUCCAUCGACUAACCCAAGUUCCUUCAAAAAAGAAGAUCAUGCGAUCGCUACGUCCUCAACACCACUAAAACGACAAAAGAGAGAGGCAGCCCAGGAAGCCAUGCCGCUCGCAGCAAAGGUGAGACCUCUGUCACUUUCGGAAUUUGUGGGACAAGAAGAAUUGGUCGGUGAACACGGUGUGUUGCGCCCUCUCAUGGAGAGUGAUCGCAUUCCCUCCAUGAUCCUCUGGGGACCACCUGGCUGUGGCAAGACGACCAUGGCUAGAAUCAUAUCAAAAACGACCAAAGCGAGAUUUGUGGAACUUAGUGCAACCAGCCACGGAUCGUCCGAUGUACGAAAAGUGUUUGAAGAAGCCAAAGGCCAUUUGAUGUUGACGAAUCAAAGAACCAUUGUGUUUAUUGAUGAAAUUCAUCGAUUCAAUAAAGCACAGCAGGAUCUAUUGCUGCCUUUUGUGGAACAAGGCAUCGUUCAUCUUAUUGGCGCAACUACAGAAAAUCCAAGCUUCAAGGUGAACUCGGCUCUAUUGUCGCGAUGUCGCGUGUUUGUGUUGAAACAGCAUACCGAAGACGACCUGUUGGAAAUCUUAAAAAGAGCCCUUGGCCGCUGGCGGCAAGAUAAUAAGACCGAGGAUUCUACCGCAGCACCCCUGACAGACACAGAAAGCGAAGCCUUGCGAACAUUGGCGAUAUUCAGCGACGGAGAUGCUCGAAAUGCGCUGAAUACACUUGAAAUUGCUCUAAGUUUAUUACCCAACAAAGAGUCACCACUACUCGUAGAAACCGUCAAAGGGGCAUUCCAAAAAUCACAUUUACUGUAUGAUCGAAAUGGAGAGCAGCAUUACAAUAUUAUCAGUGCGCUACAUAAAAGCAUUCGUGGGAGCGAUGCCGAUGCGGCGCUUUACUGGUUAGGACGUAUGCUGGAAGCUGGAGAAGAUCCACUUUACAUCGCACGGCGACUCGUGCGUUGUGCUAGUGAAGAUAUUGGUUUAGCGGACAAUACAGCGUUGCCACUGGCAAUGGCAGCUUAUAAUGCUUGUGAAAAGAUUGGUAUGCCAGAGUGUGAUACGAUAUUGGCGCAUUUGGUAGUGCAUCUAGCCGAGACGAAAAAAAGCGUGCGAUCUUACAAAGCUUACAACCUUGUAAAAUCGGUGAUCAGACAAGAGCCGAAUUACCCUGUACCAUUGCACAUACGAAAUGCACCCACCACGUUGAUGAAGGGUCUAGGGUAUGGUGCAGGCUACAAAUACAAUCCCGAUUACGAAGAACCUGUCGAGCAAACGUAUCUCCCGGAUGCACUGCAAGGCCGCAAGUUUCUUGAUGCAGAGAAAGAGAGCUAG